AUGCAACCUGGGGUCUUUUUGAAAACUAUGGGGGCGGAUAUUUCUGUUGCGAGAGGGGAGAGUGGGCGUAUAAUAGGACUGGUGAAGCGGUUGGAGUUGGGCGUUCCAUCAUCGACUAGCUCCCCUACAUCGAGCAGCUCACCGACAUCCAGCAGCUCCCCAACAUCUAGCGACAUCCCAUCAUCGAAUCGCUCUUCUAGUCCAAAUACUGGCGCUAUCGCGGGUGGUGUGGUUGGCGGUGUUUCUGGGUUGGGAAUCAUUGUCGCUUUGCUUUGGUAUUUCAUGCGCCGUCGUCCGCAGAAACAAUUAUCUCAAGCAGUAACACCCAUCACCGAAGAAUCGGCGAUACAGCAGGAGCAUCUGCAGCCCCCAGGAAUACCGAGCGAGUUAGACGGCCAAGGUCGUGUGUCAGAGCUACCCGGCAAUAAAGAGAGCACACUGAGCGAGUUAGGCGGAGGUCAUGUGUCAGAACUACCUGCCAACAAGGAGAAUACUAUCCACGAGUUACCGGAGCCUACAAAAGCUCGAUAA